AUGGCCUCCAAAUGUCAGUCUGACUCUUCUAUCAGACUGCUGGCUUUCCAGCUCCAGACCAGACCCCAAAGACCAGACCCACCCCCAGUCAUAGCCGGCUGUGCCCAGAAGGUGGCGUCGGUGCACAGGACUCGCCGUGUCCGCAGGCUGCCUUCAUUGGACCACAUUGCAGUGGUAGUGGACCAAGGCUCAGGCUUCACCAAGGCGGGCUUCGCUGGGGAGGUCCAGCCGCGCGUCGUGCUGAAGAGCUCGAGUCUGAUGCCCAGUUGGGACCGGCCGGUGCUGCCGGGGGCACCGGGUUGUGAGCUGGCGGGAGGCGUGGCCCGUGCGCAUCCUAUCAAGCAUGGUGUGGUGGUGGACUGGGACGCACUGGAGGGACUGUGGGAGCGCAUAAUGGUGGGAGGCCUGCAGGUCCACCCGGAGCAGUGGCCUGUGCUGGUGAGCGACUCCCCAUCGGCACCACCCGAGGGCCGAGAGAAGGUGGCUGAGCUGCUGUUUGAAGCCCUAACAGUGCCUGCGUGCCACAUGGCCAGCACAGCUCUGCUGGCACUCUGCUCCACUGGAACGUUCAGUGGGCUGGCCGUAGAGGCCGGCGCGGGCGUGUGCCACGCCACACCCAUCUACGCUGGUCACUCCUGGCACAAGGCCACUUUCCGUCUGAACUUGGCAGGCAGCACCCUGUCGCGCUACUUUCGAGACCUGCUGGUGGCAGCGUGCCCUGAUCUUCAGCUGCAGGCUCUGCCCCGCAAGACAGUUACACAACUCAAGAAACGUUGCUGCUAUGUGUCGCUAGAUUUCCAAGGUGAUGUCUGUGACCCUGCCCGCCACCGGAGGGCCUGUUUUUGCCUGGGCAAUGACUAUUAUGUGCACCUCGGCAGCGAGCGCUUCCGCUGCCCUGAACCCAUCUUCCAGCCAAGUCUCCUAGGCCACCCUGAGCCAGGACUGCCCACGUUGGCCUUCCAGGCACUGCAAACGAUACCCACAACACUGCGGACACGGCUGGCCAAGUCGGUGGUACUGGCUGGUGGUUCCACCCUUUUCCCCGGCUUUGUGGAGCGCAUGACCCUGGAGCUGGAGGCACAGUGCCGGAGGCAUGGGUACUCGACCCUGCAGCCCUGCCUGGUGGCUCAGCCUGGGCGGGGCACAGCUGUGUGGACUGGAGGUUCCAUGAUGGCCUCCUUGCACUCCUUUCAGUGCCGCUGGGUGACUCGGGCCAUGUACUAUGAGUACGGCCCUUGUGUGGUGCGACACGUGUUCGAUUGA